AUGUCCAUUGACGCCACCCUUAUCUGGUGGCUCUUCCUCACCAUCUCACCGAUCAUCUUCCACACCUUUCUUCAUGAUGGGGAUGGUGCCUACACGUCGUGGACCAAGAUCAAUGGUCUCUUCACCGACAACAAGCUUCAGCGGAUCAUCUUCUUGCAGCAGGAGUUUUUUGGGUGUCACCAAAACGACUCCACCAUCGACGCCUACUGCCUACGCCUCAAGACCCUCUCCAGUGAGCUCAAUAACGUCGGGUUCAAGGUUGGACAUGAGCUCCUUCUCUCCAUGCACACCGUCGGCCUCAAUGAGGACUUUGGUAAUGCAGCGUUCGACCUCACCCCCAUGGCCAAUCCCACCUGCGAGCGGGUGGUGGCCUAUCUUCGUCUUGAGGAGCGCUGGAUGAAGAACGUCUGCACCCGUACCGCCCACACCGCCCUGUCCGCCGGCCUCUCCCACGACGCCCCUACAUCCCCGCCUCCUGUGCCAUGUCCUCCGGCGCCCAUGUAA